GACCUCCUUGCCCAGUGCCCACGGCCCCUUCGUCUCUCCCUCAUCCAUCUCCACAGCCGCCGUCUCCGCAGCCGCCGUCCCCAUCCUCAGCAGCACAGCACAGCACAGCGCGGGCGGUUGCCGAAGCCCACGCCUUGCCCCUCUCUCUCCCCCGCCUCCGACCCGUCCCCUACCCGAGCAGGCAGCACAGGCAAGAACUCCCCCAAAUCCCCAGCCAAUCUCGCCCCAACCCCCAAGACCACCGCCGAAAGAAUCCUAGAGGCAGUGCCGCCCAUGGUCAGCGCCGGCGGCAGGUUCGAGAAGAGCCCCACCGCCGAGAAAGCCCCAGAGGCAGUGCCGCCCAUGGUCAGCGCCGGCGGCAGGUCCGGGGAGGUCUCCGCCGCCCAGUUCCACAUCUACCAGCCGCCAUCCUCUCUCCGUGGCUGGCCCGACGACCACGACACGGAGGCCGCCCUCCGCCACCUCGGCCUCCUCGAUUUCGCGCGGCUCCAGCUCCCGGACGGUAUCCCCCGGCACGACCUCGUCUCCGAUCUGGUCGCCUCCUACCACCGGGAGAACUGCCGCGGCCACGCCUACCUCUGGGGCGUCCGCGUCAGUGUCGACCGCAAGUCCUUCCUCAGCGCGGCAGCCCUCCAAGCCACGGCGGAGCACAAGGUGCUCCCUCCACGGCGCAGGACGAGGAGCACAAGGAGCUCGUCCACGGUUACCUCCGCCGCCUUGCAGUUCAUGGAAAUCUGGAUCCUCCCGCAGUUCCAGGGCAGGGACAUGUUGCCGUCGAUUGUGUCGGCUGCGAUGCGGGAGGUGAAGGCGGAGUUGGCGCAUAACGUCGACUGGGGUGAGCUGAUCUGGGACCUAGUACAGAAUGAGAUUCUUGAAUUGCCAAAGAGGGAUGAUAAAAAUUCUUACUUUGGGUUGCAUCUCCUGAGACUUGUUUGGGUAAACCAUCCAGAGGUGUUUGGGUUGAAGGACAGGAUGGAAAUACUCGCUCGGGUGCAACUUGACAGAAUCUUACCGCAGGUAGUCGACAAUGUGACGGAAAGAAUCCGGUUGGAAUUUACGAGACCCAAGAAGAUUACGAGAUUCUUCCGGGUGCAGCAGCCGCAGGUGGUCAACAACCUGUCCAAACCGGUGGAGUCUGGGGAUGAAGCUGCAGCAGUUGUUCAAGUUCAACAGCAAUCCAUGGUGGGGGAUGAAGCUGCAGCAGCUGUUCAAGUUCAAGUUCAACAACAAUCCAUGGUGGGGGAUGAAGCUGCAGCAGUUGUUCAAGUUCAACAGCAAUCCAUGGUGGGGGAUGAAGCUGCAGCAGCUGUUCAAGUUCAAGUUCAACAACAAUCCAUGGUGGGGGAUGAAGCUGCAGCAGUUGUUCAAGUUCAACAGCAAUCCAUGGUGGGGGAUGAAGCUGCAGCAGCUGUUCAAGUUCAAGUUCAACAACAAUCCAUGGUGGGGGAUGAAGCUGCAGCAGUUGUUCAAGUUCAACAGCAAUCCAUGGUGGGGGAUGAAGCUGCAGCAGCUGUUCAAGUUCAAGUUCAACAACAAUCCAUGGUGGGGGAUGAAGCUGCAGCAGUUGUUCAAGUUCAACAGCAAUCCAUGGUGGGGGAUGAAGCUGCAGCAGUUGUUCAAGUUCAACAGCAAUCCAUGGUGGUACAGAGCUCACCGCUGACCAUAGUGCUGAAUAAUGAUGCAAGCGUGGGCAAGAGGAACAGCUUGGAGGCUGCCCUGGCAGAGCCUAGGCACGCUGAUACACACAAGCAUGGAGUGAAGCAUGUGAAGCAGCAGUUUCAGCAGGGCAAUCAACAGAAUCAGACCUGUAACAGUAACAAGUGUAGUGUACCCAGUGGAUUCAUAGUGCUGAAUGAUUAUGCGAGGGACAGCAUGGAAGCUGCCCUGGUGGAGCCUGGGCAGGCUGAUGCACACAAGCAUGGAGUGAGGCAUGUGAAGCAGCAGUUUCAGCAGGGCAAUCGACAGAAGUGGACCCGUAAGAGGAGCAAGCGUAGUGUACCCAGUGGAUCAAGAAUCUCCUCCGCAAAUAGUUCUUGUGACGUUAUAGGAAUAAAGAGUGAGUUUAAACAUGCGCGACUGGAGAACCAACCUCCAAAGGAGUUGCUUGAAGCAGAGAUGUUUAUCCAGGCAAUAAAGGUGCUGAACGAGACACUGUCUGCAGAAACCAUCGUACAUAUCUUGCAGGACUCUCCACCGUCUGGCUCCCCGCUGAAGCUGAGUGGUGCAGUAGUGGAGGUCACUAAAUAGGAGAAUGGUUCUCACGCUCGAAUGUGAUCCUGGUGGGAUCAGUAACAGGAUGUAGAUUUGCUCUCAUCUCAUGAGCGUUUGGCUUUUGGAGCUCGGCAUUUGGUGGUCUGUAGCGAGAAGGAUUAUCUGGCUGUGCUAGCUCUUGGUUGGCUAGUCUUGGAGAACUGGAAUCAUUGGUUCAUCUUCUGGAUGUGCUGCCCUAAAACCUGGAGCCAGAGUACUUCAUAUGAAAAAAAUGAUAUAUUUGUUGGAUGUUUGUACUUUUUUGGGAGUAGUCAGCAUGUGGAUGCUCGGGAUUUCCAGGUCCAUCUCCAUCUCCCCUCCUGGUCCGCGUGCUUCAUCAUCGUUCUUGUCGUUGCUUCUGCAGCCAACUAUGACUGUAGUAUGCCGUUGGGGGCGAUGACUUCGCACUGCAGGGAUGAACUCACAUGGCUUAUAUCUACCGGAGAAGAGCAUUAUUGGUUUUGAAUGCGGCCAGCAACUUAAAUGUGUCAACGAAGCAACAUGUUCUUCCCUGCUUCACAUUGCUCUAUUUUCAUAUACAUGAAGAUGCAAUUUGUCACUCAGAAUGUGAUCCUGGUGGGACCUUGUAAUAGGAUAUCUACUAGAGUAGUAGAUUUGUUCUUGUCUGGUUAUCGUUUAGCUUUUGGAGCUCUGCCUUUGUUGGUCUGCAGUUCUUCAUUAUCUCGGGUGUCAGAAAAUUUGGAUGCUUGGUUCGUCUUUUGGAUGCUUUGCCAUAAAAUCUGGAGCCAGAGUACAUCAUAUGAACAAAAAAUGAUUUAUAGUUUCUUGGGAGUAGAUAGCAUGUGGGUGCUCGUGAUUUCCAGGUCUGAUCCAAAAGCCAAAGGCUGAGCAUGUCAUUUAGGAUGGUACUUACGAUUGUCUUGCACAUCCUAUGAAUAUUCUGAACAUCUCUGCUGUCCAAAUUUACUGUAAAGAUGAGAAAUUCAAUCUUGGCAUGGUCUUUGAGUUAAUUUUGUUAAA